CGACCCCAACGUGUCUCUCCCUUUCACUCCACAGUCCUCCUCCUCUCUCUCUCUCUCACGCGCAACGCAAGCUUCCUCUCCCUUUCCCCAAACCCAAACCCCGACGCCAAGCUCCCUCUCCGGCUCCAUCCUCCGCUCCCGGUCUCACGCCAUGGAGUCAGCCGACUGAGCGUUCGUUCCUUCCUGCGUGGCGUGGCGUGCGGCUGCUUGACUCCGUCCCCGAUUCCGCGGCCGCAUUGGGCCGGAUCUGGGCGGCCCCGGCCGGCUGCAGUCUGAUCUACAGCACGGUGUAGUGGAUUGCGCGAUGGCGACGUAUAAGCUGGGUGUGGAGGUUGCGAGCGCUCAUGACCUGAUGCCCAAGGACGGGCAUGGUUCUGCGAGCGCCUGUGUCGAGCUCAACUUUGAUGGCCAGCGGUUCCGGACAGCUAUCAAGGAGAAGGAUCUGAACCCGGUGUGGAACGAGCACUUCUACUUCAACGUGUCAGAUCCAUCAAAUCUCCCUGAGCUUGCUCUUGAGGCGUAUGUCUACAAUGUCAACAAAUCCGUUGAAAGUUCCAGGUCAUUCCUUGGCAAGGUCAGGAUUGCUGGGACCUCAUUCGUGCCCUUCCCUGAUGCCGUCAUCAUGCAUUAUCCCCUGGAGAAGCGCGGGAUGUUCUCACGGGUGAGAGGAGAACUGGGUCUGAAAGUGUACAUCACCAACGACCCCUCUAUCAGAGCUUCAAACCCUCUUCCGGCAAUGGACCCUGUUUCGAAUCAUUCUCCAAGUCAAGCUGAGCAAAUAGCAGCUGAUAUAACUGGUACUAAUCUGAACACCUCUCGGGAACACAGGAAUGAAGCGAGAACCUUGCAUACCAUAGCUAAGGACGCACAUCAUCAUCAGCACCAUGGCCAUCUUCCAGCUUCUUUUUCCGAGCAACCUUCCAAGUAUGGUAUUGAGCAAAUGAAACCUCAACCUCAACAGCCCAAGAUUGUCAGGAUGUAUUCAGCAGCCUCACAGCAGCCCAUGGACUACGCCCUUAAAGAAACUAGUCCAUUUCUUGGUGGUGGACAGAUUGUUGGUGGUCGGGUCAUACGUGGUGAGAAGCAUGCUAGUACCUACGACCUGGUGGAGAGAAUGCAGUAUCUGUUUGUACGUGUGGUCAAGGCACGGGACUUGCCUGACAUGGACAUCACUGGUAGCCUGGAUCCUUUUGUGGAAGUGAGAGUUGGCAACUACAGGGGCAUAACUAAGCACUUUGAGAAGCAACGGAAUCCUGAGUGGAAUGCAGUAUUUGCUUUUGCUAGAGAUCGUAUGCAGGCAUCUGUCCUUGAAGUGUUGGUCAAAGAUAAAGAUCUUGUUAAGGAUGAUUUUGUUGGUAUGGUCAGGUUCGAUUUGAAUGAUGUACCAAUACGUGUGCCUCCUGAUAGUCCGCUAGCUCCAGAAUGGUAUCGGCUUGUUCAUAAGAGUGGGGAUAAGUCAAGGGGUGAGCUGAUGCUGGCAGUUUGGGUUGGCACCCAAGCUGAUGAGGCAUUUCCUGACGCAUGGCAUUCGGAUGCCGCAACACUUGAUGACGCAUCUGCUGUAACACACAUGAAGUCGAAAGUUUACCAUGCUCCCAGAUUGUGGUACCUGCGAGUUAAUAUAAUUGAGGCCCAAGAUAUUCUCAUACAUGAUAAGACCCGCUAUCCAGAUGUUUUUGUGAGGGCACAGGUGGGGCAUCAGCAUGGGAGGACAAAACCUGUUCAAGCUAGAAACUUCAACCCAUUUUGGAAUGAAGACCUUAUGUUUGUGGCUGCUGAACCUUUUGAGGAUCACCUUAUCCUCACGCUUGAAGAUCGUGUAGGUCCUAACAAAGAUGAGAUGCUUGGCCGCAUAAUUAUACCAUUGACGAUGGUUGAAAGACGGGCUGAUGACCGUAUUGUCCAUGGGAAGUGGUUUAAUCUCGAGAAGCCUGUACUUGUUGAUGUGGACCAACUGAAGAAGGAGAAGUUCUCUAGUCGGCUUCAUCUCCGUCUCUGUCUUGAUGGAGGGUACCAUGUUCUGGACGAGUCCACAAACUACAGCAGUGACCUCAGACCAACAGCCAAGCAACUCUGGAAGCCAUCGAUUGGUUUGCUCGAGCUUGGAGUCCUUGGUGCUCAAGGGAUUGUCCCUAUGAAGACUCGAGAUGGAAAAGGUUCAUCAGACACCUAUUGUGUUGCGAAGUAUGGGUCAAAGUGGAUUCGUACACGUACUAUCAUGAACAAUCCAAACCCCAAAUUCAAUGAACAAUACACUUGGGAGGUCUAUGAUCCGGCAACUGUCUUGACUAUCGGUGCUUUUGACAAUGGCCAGCUUGGUGACAAGAAUGGGGAGAAGACGUCCAAUGGUAAAGAUGCGAAAAUCGGCAAGGUUCGAAUUCGCCUUUCCACACUUGAAACUGGCCGUGUCUACACUCACUCCUAUCCUCUCCUGGUUCUACACCCAUCAGGGGUGAAAAAGAUGGGUGAGCUGCACCUAGCCAUACGGUUUUCCUCAACGUCAUUGGUGAACAUGCUGUACCUGUACUCUCGACCUUUGCUACCGAAGAUGCACUAUGCACGUCCGAUACCAGUCCAUCAGGUUGACAUGCUGCGCCAUCAAGCUGUCCAGAUCGUGGCUGCCCGACUUAGCCGAAUGGAACCACCUCUGAGAAAGGAAGUUGUUGAGUACAUGUCAGAUUUUGAUUCUCACUUGUGGAGCAUGAGGCGAAGCAAAGCAAACUUCUUCAGACUCAUGUCAGUCUUCUCAGGCUUGUUUGCGGUCAGCAAGUGGUUUAGUGGUGUCUGUGCAUGGAAGAACCCUAUUACCACUGUGCUAGUCCACAUCCUCUUUAUAAUGCUGGUGUGUUUUCCAGAGCUCAUACUUCCAACAGUGUUCUUGUACAUGUUCCUGAUAGGGAUUUGGAACUAUCGUUAUCGGCCUCGCUAUCCCCCACACAUGAACACCAAGAUCUCUCAUGCAGAGGCUGUUCACCCAGAUGAACUUGAUGAAGAAUUCGAUACUUUCCCGACAAGCCGGAGCCAGGAGAUUGUAAGGAUGAGGUAUGAUAGGCUGAGGAGUGUUGCUGGAAGGAUACAGACUGUUGUUGGUGAUAUAGCAACACAAGGGGAGAGAGUUCAAGCACUGCUUAGUUGGAGGGAUCCUCGGGCUACAGCAAUAUUUGUCCUAUUUUGUUUCACUGCAGCAAUAGUCCUGUAUGUUACACCACUCCAAGUUCUUGCAGCAUUAGGAGGGUUCUAUGCCAUGAGGCACCCAAGGUUCAGACACAGGCUGCCCUCAAUACCAGUAAACUUCUUCAGACGCAUGCCAGCAAGGACCGACAGUAUGCUAUAAAGACGCAGUCAUUUGGUGGCCUUAUCGUUGUAAUAUCUAGAAAUAGCCCAUGUGCUGUAAUUUCCUGCACCUUGUUUUUUAUCUAUGACUGUUGUUCAGGACUUAAUGAGCCUGUAUAUCGUAUUAGCCGGUAGAUCCAGGGAAUAAUGUGCUGACAGCUUGUUAUGACUCAUCAGGUUCCGGAACUAUGAUGAUGGUUUCUGAAAUAGCUGGUUGUUUAAUGUUUAGUACUAUUCUGAAUUCCUGCUUGAUUGGUUUCUCUGUUCAGUCCGAAUAUCUACACUAUAACCACUUGAGGGAUUGCAUCUUUUACAAGCCUUUCUAUGGCUAGUUUCUGCUGAUUGAUUAUCCUUGUUUUUGUGUGGCUGUGGUUUUGACAUAAUUUCCUGCUGCAUGCCUUAAAACGAAAGAAUUCUGCCUUUUGAAUACUGUUGUUGUACAACUUUGGCACAACCCUUAGCUUUACACAGUAUAUGGUUUCUUCACCUCUCAUUUGCAUUUUAAUUUCAUUCAGGUGAUGUCCAUUACAGGAAUGCCUAAAAAUAUGUGACACUAGUAGCUGGUGUAUUGUAGGUCCAGAGUAUUUUGUCAACAUCCCAUUGCAGCAUUCUCUGCCACUGAUACAUUUCUGAUUUAGAAAUAUAGCUCAUUCAAAUAGAAUGAUUUGCACUUUCUGUGGUUACCAUUAGCACAUGUGGAAAGCAUUGGACUGCAAAAAAGGAGGAAUUCUGGAACUUCCCGAGAUGCAGAAAUAUAUUCCAGGACAGGUGCUUGCCAGUUGCCGCAGCUUUUAUUCUCCUUCUUCAGAGUGUUGCUGCUUAACUCUUCGUCUCCAAUCCUUUCUCUAGUGGAAACAUUACAGUAUUGCUGACAGUCACGAUGGGAGCAGCAGAGUCAUCUUCCAAGCCUGUUGGUUCCGUUCAUGACUUCAUCGUUAAGGAUGCGAAGGGGAACGAUGUGGAGCUCAGCAGAUACAAGGGCGAAGUUUUACUUAUCGUGAAUGUUGCAUCUCGUUGGUAGCGUGUCUUACAGUUUUUAGUUCCAAAUUCUCCAAUUAGAAACUGUGUUUACAGCCUGAGCUGAUACCCCUGCAGCGGUCUGACAAACUCCAACUACACUGAACUGGGUCAGGUCUACGAGAAAUACAGGGACAAAGGAUUCAAGAUAUUGGCAUUCCCGUGCAAUCAAUUUGCCGGACAGGAACCAAGUAGUAACGAGCAGAUUGUGGAGUUUGCCUGCAACCGCUUCAAAGCAGAGUUUCCUAUAUUUGGCAAGGUUGAUGUGAAUGGCAACAAUGCUGCCCCGCUGUACAAGUUCUUGAAGUCAGAGAGAGGUGGUCUAUUCGGAGAGCGUAUCAAAUGGAACUUCACCAAGUUUCUAGUUGACAAAGAGGGGCAUGUCGUUAAUCGAUAUGCACCAACCUGUUCCCCAUUCAACAUUGAGAAUGACAUCAAGAAGUUGUUGGGGGUUUGAGGUAUCUCCAUGGAAGAUCAUGCAUCGGUGUGUCACAUGUAUGUCGUUGUCUGUUCUUUUCGCUAGUGUAUGUGAGUCUUAACUAUAUUAAGAGUAACUCAAGUCUGUUGUAUGA